AAAAUGAACCCAUUCAAAAGUGGUUCUGGUGGACGCAGCAAGCGCAAGCCGAAAUCGGCAAAGGUUGAAGUCAAGCAAGAGCCUGGUAUUAAGGAAGAGCCCAACGACGGUGACGAUGUCAUGAACAUACCAAGGCCGAGAGUUGAUAGAAGAUAUCGUGCGAAUUACGAGGGACUGGUCGACUUUGGCUAUGACUUCAAUGAAGUAAAAGAUGAAAUUAAAUGUGAAGAAGAAGAGACGGGCGAAGAAAAAGACUCGACACCACGUGAACGAUCUAAUGACGGAGCUGCUAACGAUGAUGACAAUGAAGAUCCAAUGGGUGAUGCAAUCGAUGUGCAACCACCACAAGCAGUUGGUAGUCAAAAGAAACGGAAUGAAAGUUCCAAACGACGAAACAAACGAACGAUUCCCAGGAACCAAGCGGCCAAGAAGCAAAAGAAGCACAAGUGUCAUAUCAGUUUAAAUCAGCAUUUGUCUACAGCACACAGCGAUCACUUUCCAUUCCAAUGCUCCAAGUGCUUCGGAGGAUACGUAACUGAAGAUACGAAAAUUGCUCAUCAAGAUAACUGUGGCUACCGUCAGUAUCAAUGCCAUCGGUGCAAAGAACUUUUUCGUUCUAAACAAAUGUUGAAGAUCCACAUGCGAAAAGAUCACACCGGAGAGCGAAUUCAAUGCAAAGUGUGUGCAGUAAGCUUCACCAAUGAAAGUAAUGCUAACACACACAUGAAAAAUGAAAUGAACCCAUUCAAAGGUGGUUCUGGUAGACGCAGCAAGCGCAAGCCAAAAUCGGCGAAGGUUGAAAUUAAGCAAGAGCCGGUGAUUAAGGAAGAGCCCAACGACAUUGACGAUGUCAUGAACAUACCACGGCCGAGAGUUGAUGGAAGAUAUCGUGCGAAUUACGAAGGGCCGUUUGACUUUGGCUAUGACUUCAAUGAAGUAAAGAAUGAUAUCAAGUGUGAGGAAGAAGAGACGGGCGAAGAAAAAGACUCGACACCACGUGAACGAUCAAAUGACAGAGCUGCCAACGAUGAUGGCAACGAAGAGCCAAUGGAUGAUGCAAUUGAUGUUCAACCACCGCAACCAGCCGGCAGCGGGAAGAAACAGAAUGAAAAUUUGAUGAAACAUAUGCGAAUUCACAGCGGAGCAAAGCCGUUCGAGUGCUCAAUUUGUUUCAAGUUAUUUGCAACCAAGGAUCAUCUCCAAAGACAUUCGAUGACUCACAAAAAUGAACUGCCAAACGCUUGUUCGAAAUGUGAUCGACGAUUCGCCUCAUCUGAUGAUAAGCAAACACACGAAACACGCUGCCAACGAAGUAUUUUCGCCUGUAAUCAGUGUCAUUACCAAACUGUUCACAAGCAUUGUUUGAAGCUGCACAUGCAAUCGAAACACGGAGCAAAAAAAUCGAUCGAAUGUGGAAUUUGCCGAAAAGAAUUCAUCGAACAGAUUAAACUAAAUCGGCAUUUGUCUACAGCUCACAGUGACCUGUUCCCAUUCCAAUGCUCCAAGUGCUUCGGAGGAUACGCAACCGAAGACGAAAAAGAGAUCACACCGGAGAGCGGAUUCAAUGCACAGUGUGUGCAACAAGCUUUACCACAAAAGGUAGUGCCAAUCAACACAUGA